AUGGUCUCACAAGAAGCCCGUUUUUGCAUUUCGCCACAGUUCGUGCAAGGCAACCUCUCGCUCUACAUCACGCACUCCCUGAAGAUGAGCGGCUACAUGAUCCCGGGCAUUACGGCACUCCUCGCAACCACCAUUCUGGUCGUGCCGUUCGCGCAAUUUCUGCUUCGCCGACUCGGGAAAAAGACCACUCUGGCCAUGGGCACUUUGAAUGCCUUCCCCUUGCUGCUCCUGCUCCUCUUCCUGCCAGAAAGGCCACCGGUUUACGUGUUUUUCGCAAUGAUGAUCUGGGCUGCGUUUACGAUUGCUGUCGCAAUGCUGUUGCCUUGGUCGAUGCUCCCUGACGUGAUUGACGCCUUCUACUUGGAACACAACAUGCGAUUGGAGGCAGUAUUCUACUCGCUAAUCGUUUUCUUCAAUAAAUUCGCCGUUGGGAUUUCACUGGCGAUGUCUGCUGGCGUCCUUGACCUGGUUGGGUACAACUCGAAAAAAGAGGCGUGCAUUCAAGUGCCUGAGGUUGGGAGAGCUCUGCGUUUCCUCUCCUCAGUUGUGUCGGUGGCUUUCCUCGUUCCGGCUCUCAUCUUCCUCUACUUCUACCCACUCGGAAACCAGAAAUUGAGUGAGAUGCGCUUGAAAUUGCUCUCACAGUCGAAUGCCUCAACACAGGACAUAGACCGCUCAGACGUGACAAUCAACUCGACUCAAUCCGCUCAACGCGUCUAA